AUGCAGCACCUCCCGCCCAUGGACCCAUGGGGCGCGAACGGCGCGCAGCCCAUGCAGCCCCAGCAACAAUACUAUGCUGGCGCGGGCCUGCCGCAGCAGCCCCACCAGCAGGCCCCCUACCCCGGGGCUGGCCCUCAGCAGCCGCAGCAAUACUAUGGUCAGCCUCAGCCCCAGCAGGCGCAGCAGUACCCCGCCUCCGGCCCCAACUAUGGUGGUGGUCUGGCCCAGCAGCAAGCGGCGCCUCACGGCUACCCCGGCGCUAAUGGUCCUGCGGCCUACCUGCAGCAGCAGCAGUACGGGCAGCAGCAACCGCCAUAUGGCGGCUACCAGGCGCAGGCGCCGCUGCAGCCGAUGCCGCAGCCGCAGCCGCAGCAGCAGCUGCUGCAGCCGGCGCUCAAGCCACAGCAGCGGCCGCCCAUGGGUGCUGGUCAGCAGGUGGCCAUCAUUGACGGGCGCUACUGCUCCCCCCAACCCCUGCAGCUCAUCAUGAAGGAGGCCAUCACCAUGGGCUCCUAUGGCAGCGACAACUUCCACAUCAUGGAUGCGCACGGCCGCACACACUUCAUGUGA